AGUGCAUGCAGGGAAAGGUCGGUGAUGUCAUUCGGGCCGCGUUGGAGCUCGUGGCUGAGCGUGACGUGGCAACGUGAACGAACGAGACGAGUGAGUUAGAGGCAAAGCGGCGGCUGCCAGGAAAGCGACCGCUCACCAUGGGGCUGCUUUUGUCCGGCUUUAUGUCACGUCUCUUCGGCAAGAAGCAAGUUAGGAUAUUGAUGGUUGGCUUGGAUGCUGCUGGUAAAACAACCAUAUUAUACAAUCUGAAACUAGGUGAAAUUGUCACAACAAUUCCAACGAUUGGGUUUAAUGUUGAAACCGUGGAAUACAAAAACAUUUGUUUUACUGUUUGGGAUGUUGGUGGUCAAGACAAAAUUAGACCCUUAUGGAGGCAUUACUUCCAGAAUACCCAGGGCCUUAUUUUUGUCGUAGAUAGCAAUGACCGAGAAAGAAUUCAGGAAGCCACGGAUGAGUUGAAGAAAAUGCUUCAAGAAGAUGAAUUAAGAGAUGCAGUUUUGUUGGUAUUUGCCAACAAGCAAGACCUACCAAAUGCCAUGGCUAUCGGUGAAAUGACAGAAAAAUUAGGACUAUCUAGCCUUCGCAACAGAACUUGGUAUGUCCAGGCUGCCUGUGCUACGCAAGGAACUGGCCUGUGUGAGGGACUUGACUGGUUAUCUAUAGAGCUGACAAAGUCCUAGAUCUGAUGAUGUAAUCUAAUUUGGCAGCCACAAAUUUUAUUUAACAGGAGGAUGAGACGCGUUUUGUAACAUGUUUAGGCUUGUUACAAGGUAGUUUUCAAUCUUUCAAAAAAUGUGUAAUUUCUGAAAAUGUUAUUCUCUUUGGUAGUGCAACUUAAUUCGAACUCAUCCAUUUGUUGCAAAUAUUUGUGGUUGAUUACAUUAAUUGGUGGAAGACUUAAAACAGAUCAUUUGAAAUACUUAGAAAAAAUGCAUUUCCUCCAAUUUUAGCUCCCUCAUAAGCUACUAUACCUAGACCUAUGUAAUAACUGCAGAAUUAACUAAGUACCUUUAUUUAGCCAGAUAAACUAUUGUUUCAGUAAGUUUAUACCAUCCUUUUUCUUGCAUUUUCUGAUGGUUCUGGUCAUCCAAACAAACUGCUGAAAGAGAAACCUCUAUAUCAUUCCACUUUAUUAAAUCUGGUGCUGCCUCCUAUUAUUGAAUCAAAUGCAUCAGAGUGGAAGGAAGGAAAAUGACUUGGUUUUGGAGCUAGUAAGACAAAAUAUUGUUGGAAAAGGAGUCGAUUGAACAGAAUUUUUGUUGUUAUUUGACCGAUGCUCCAUUAGAACACAGAUUGCAGGUUUCUGUCCUGCUCCCUUGAGCUCUCAUUUUUCGUCGGUGGCAUAGAUAGUAUUGAAGCCAUUUCAAAGGUUAUUCUGACUUUUAUUAGGGUGUAGUCUCUGAAAUGAGUAUUGCCAUCCCAUACUGAUCUGAAAUAGGUGGAACAUUCUGAUUUAACAAAAAAAGUAUUAAAGUUUGAUUAUUUUUAGUAUGGUGGAUAUCUGUAUUUGGCAACCUAGGUUUCAGUAUCCCAUGUGCUGUAUUUUUGACACUUAAGUGCAGCCUUUUUGCAAAAUAAGCGACUGACCAGCUUUACACCCAAUUACAGCCUUGACUUCAGAACACUGAUAAGAUCCACUCCUUAUUGCACUGCAAGCAUGCUUCCACAUUCAGAUUUCUAUUUCUUGGUUAAUCUCGGCAAAUUGUCGUUCUAGUAUAUUAAAACUUGUAACUUUUUAAUGUUGCAUGUUGCUUUUGGUACCAGUGUGACUUGCUGUCCAUGUAAUAUAGUUAGUUGUUUUGUCUAUGGAUGGACAAGUCUUCAUGAAACUGGAAGAUUUCAUAAAAUCAAAGUUCAAAUAAUGAAAGGCAUCUACAUAAUCCAUUUGGCAUAAUUCGUAAUUAAACAAAAUGAACUUUAUAAAACACUUGUUUUUAUUAAUUUAAUGCAAUUUUUUGCAUGCUUUAACCACUUUUGUAUAAAUUAGUUAAUUCAAAUGUAAAAUGAAAUGGUAAUUUGUGGAUUAUAAGCAUGUCUAUUUGCAAUUUGCAGUUUAAUCAAAUGUAACGAAGUAAUGAGCAUAAUGUUUCAGAAUACUAUUUAAAUUGGUCAGCUUGAUUAUUUAAACCUUCACAUUUUUGACAAGUUCUUCAAUAAAAUCAUAUUGUAUCUUCA